AUGGAGACUUCAGAACUCGAUCGCUCGAAGAUCUACAAGAGCUGGGAGGUGGACGGCAAGUUCCAUAGUGAUGGCCGCGAAGUUACCCUACUUGAAUAUGUCUACAGCCGUCCGGACAUUGACCAGCUGCGCGGGAGCCCACAAAAGGUUCUGGAGGCCAUCGACGACUUUGCUCGCUCUGUGACCGGCUUGAUCAACAUUGGCGAGGCAAAAGGUGCUGUGGUCACAAAACUCAUUGCCCAUUACAAACCAGCCACCAUCCUCGAGCUGGGUGGCUAUGUCGGCUACUCCGCCAUCUUGUUUGGCGAUGCACUGAGAAAGGCUGGCGGAAAGCAAUACCAUAGUGUCGAGAAGAGCCCCCUUUUUGCUGCUGUUGCCGCAAGCCUUGUCGACUUGGCUGGCCUCAGGGAUGUCGUCAGAAUUACUGUCGGCACCGGCGCCGAGGGCAUCCAACGCCUCUACGAUUCAGGCGUGCUCAAGUCUCAGCUUUCCAUGGCCUUCUUUGACCACCACAAGCCAAGCUAUACGAGUGAUCUCAAGCGAUGUGAGAGACUCGGCCUUGUUGGCCCAGGCACCGUCUUGGUUGCCGACAACAUGAUCCUACCGGGAAACCCGCCAUAUGCUGAGUGGGUCAGAGCCAGUGUGGCCGAGAAGCAGGAGCUUGACAAGAAUGCCGAAGAAAAGGGAAAUCCCAAUCUACAAUACAAAAGCAGGUCUAUCAAGAGCUGGGAGCCGAGUGGCCAUGAAGAUGCUCUGGAGAUUACUGAGUGCGUGGGCAUCCAAGCUUGAAUCAAGUUUUCUUAUACAUUCAUUUGUCGUUGACACCCGUGGUCUCUGAAAAAAUCUGUAGUUGAUUAUUGCAGAAACCUGUGAAGGGGGAAAGAGACCUGCUAGCCAGC